ACAAAAUUGCGAAUGUUGAUUAUACACAAGCUGUCGUAUAUACAUAUACAUGUUAUUAGCCACGUUAUCAUGCAGAUUUUGCACCAAUGAUGGCGACUUGAUUUCACAGAAGUUCAUCUGUAUGCAAUGAAGUGAACUGAUCGUGACACCUGGUAAACGCGGCCCCGCUCAAGACUGACACUGUCAGUGUUGUAGUAUUGCUGUUGUGGUAUGGGAGAAUUGACUGCUGGUGGAGCCAUGGAUCGAUGGGUCUGUCCGAACGACCGCCAGCUCUUACUCCGAGCGAAACUGGGAGCUGGCUGGUCGGUGCACACAAGUCGUUUAGGCCAGUUUCAGAAGUCGGAUCAGCUGACACUGGAGGAACAGGAACACAUAAUGCGGGUCAUUUCACGCGCAGAGUACCUCGAGCAGGUGGAGCAGGAGAGAAUUGGGCACCUGGUAGACAAGCUGGAGAACAUGAAGAAACACUGUAUCGGUAAUGGGAGCACUCAGUGCAUCCUGUGUGGGGACGAGUUCAGACUUCUCGGUGCGUCGCCCACCUUCUGUGACGACUGCAGAAAGGCUGUGUGUUCCAAGUGUGGGGUGGAUACGUACGGCAGCAACAGACAGCCCCUGUGGUUGUGUAAAGUCUGCAGUGAACACAGAGAGGUGUGGAAAAGAUCAGGUGCCUGGUUCUUCAAAGGAAUGCCAAAGUUUGUGAUCCCUCAGAACAAGAAGAGUGAACUGGGGAAGUAUCAGCCUCGGGGUCGGACUCAGCAACUGCGAGUGUCACAGCGAGUGCGGCCUGGGGGGCAGGGAGUGCGAGACUCGUACACGUGGCAUCGAGCCAGGGGCAGCACCAGCACAGCGAGUUACGGUGAGAGCAGCGAGCAGGAUUCUUCCAGUAGUUCUGAAGAUGAGUUCAACAUCGCCAAACCAAAGUCUAAGCGAGGAGGUGAAUCAGCAGAGAGCGACAACAUCAGCAUUGGCAGUUCGCGCAGUACCAACUUGUAUGGACAGACGAGUCUGGCCGAGAGCAGAACUAGUAUAACAAGUGCCAACUUCGGUGGUGGCCAUUGGUCAGCCACUGAGAGUAGUCGUGGUGAUGAUCUCCAUGAUGAUUCAGAAAAUGAAUACCCCAGUGUGGAUAAAAAUUUUAGUCAUGAAGGAUCAACACGUUCAGGUCAAACUCCAGUUGUGAAGGAAGACACAGACAACAUUGACAUGGCGGUCGACCAGUUCAAGACGAAACAGCAGGACGACGAUGAGGAGGAGGAACUGUCAUCACCAGACAGUGACGGACUGACACUUGGUUUGUUGGAAUUCUCCCUACUCUAUGAUAUAGUGAACAAUGCCUUAUACAUUACAAUAGCCAGGGCUAGGGGCUUAAAAGCAAUGGACUCCAAUGGUUUAUCUGAUCCUUAUGUAAAACUUCACUUGUUGCCUGGAGCAAGUAAGUCAACGAAGCUGCGUACAAAAACCAUUCACAAGACGCUGAACCCCGAGUGGAACGAAACACUGACGUACUAUGGGAUCACAGAGGAUGAUUGUCUCAAGAAAACACUGAGGAUAUCAGUGUUGGAUGAGGAUGCAUUUGGCUUCGACUUCAUCGGUGAAACACGGGUGCCACUGAAGAGAUUGAAGCCUCAUGAAACUAAAGCCUUCAGCGUCUACCUAGAAAAACAGUUGCCUUUUGAGAAAGAUGAUGAUUUGGUUGCCAUACGUGGGAAAAUUCUGCUGUCUCUGAGAUACUCCACCACAAAACAGAGUCUGAUUGUCCGCAUCCUCCGUUGUGCCGAACUGGCAGCCAUGGACACUAAUGGAUACUCAGACCCAUACGUUAAAGUUUACCUGAAGCCAGACAAAGACAAGCAUUCCAAAUUUAAGACGUCUGUGAAGAAACGAACUCUCAACCCUGAGUACAAUGAGGAAUUUGUCUAUGAAAUCAAACACAAUGAGCUGGCAAAGAAGACUCUAGAAGUUACAGUGUGGGACAAAGAUAUCGGCAAAGCAAAUGAUUUCAUUGGUGGUGUUCAGAUGGGAAUCAAUGCGAAGGGAGACCGACUCAAACACUGGUUUGAGACCCUCAAGAAUCCCAAUAGGGAAUACCGACGCUGGCACAUUCUGUCUGCUGAACUCUCACCAGAGGUUUAUGUCACAUAGUUAUCUGCCCUUGCAUGUGUUGUUCGUCGUCGCAUUAGAUAGUCCUGAUGAAUAUUAGCCAAUCUAUGACAACUACGCAUACUAGUAUUGCAGUCUCCAUUAUUAGCAUGGAUACCAACGUCUGCUAUGAUGGGUUAUUUUAUCAUCCAGUAUAUGGACACUCCAGUCAGAAAACUAAAUUUGUUUUUAGCUGUUGAACUUUGUUCUGACUAGAUAUUUGCACUUCUUAGCCAAAAGCAGAUGUCAUGUUGACUUUACAACCUUCGAUGAUGUGGUACAACUUGCCUGAUGAUUACUACUGCCAGACGCAAAUCCACUUCUGCACUUGACACAAGACUUGUCCAGACAGUGAAAAAUAACUUGGUCAAAUACCAGAGGCUAUGGUGUACUUUUUCCUUGCUUAGGAAUCAUCUUUGCAAUAGCAGUGAAUACAGAUGUGGAAAAAAACAAACAGUUUUAUGGUGUCAGUAAAAUCGGCAACAAAAAGAAAUGUUAAAAUGCAUCAUAACUAAUUCAUCAGAACUUGUAGGUUGAUGAAAUAUGCCAUUUUGUCUUCAUUUUUUGUUUUCGUGUCGUCAUUGUAAUUUUAACUUAAGGGCUGCUGUUAAUAUAAAGCUGUAGAAUACAAUAUUAGACAUUUAUUCUGAUGUAUUGUAGCAUCUAUACUAUUGCACAAAUAUUUGCAGGCUAAAGCAUGAGUCACCUUAAUAGGGUACUGAGACAAGUACCUUGCUUACAGGUAGACAAAUGGUGUACUUAACUUAACAAUUGUUCCAUUACCUACAAAUAGGAAAAUUGUUUACUUAUUUGAGUACAUUAUAAUCACAGAGGUGGAAAAAUUGUGUACUCUGUUGAGUACAUGGUAGUUACAAUAGUUACAAUUAGUAUCCAUUACAAUCUGUCAAACAGAUCCUGUUUUGCUAAAUGUCUUAAUUACAAGUAAAUUGUACAGUUAUUGCUGCUGAUAAGUGGUUGUAUUUCUGUAUUAUUAUAUCAGCUGUGACAGCGCUGCGAGAAAGACAGAGAAAACAGACACAGAGACAGAAGGACAAAAACAAGGUAAUAGAGACGGAGCAAGAGGGAUGGAGAUGGAGGUAGAGACAGACAAAGAUUUAGUAUUGGUGAAGGACACAGACAUGGCGAAUUGUUUCAGAAGACUGCUUUGACAUAAUAUUAAUUUCUAAAUUGAUCCACCAGCCUCGGUGGUGUAGUGGUUUAGCAUUUAAGGCUGGGAGGUACUGGGUUCACACCCCGAUACUGGCUCCCACUCGGAGAAAGUUUUAACGACUCAGCGGGUAAGAUGACUAUACUGUCUACUCUCUAACCACUAAUCCACUGUCCAGCCCAGAUGACUAAGAUGUAUGCCCAAGACAGCAUGCUUGAACGAAAAUAAGUUUAAAAUUAAAAAAAAAAAAAAUGUCUUUAUUAUAACAUUGGACUUUCAUUAACAAUAGUCUUGAUUUAGAACAAAUUAUUCUAGCUUACUGAUAGCAUUUUACGUAUAAAUUGAUGUUUGUGUGGCGAGAGAAAAAAAACUGUACUGGUUGUUUAUUUAUUCAUACUGAAAGCAGAAAAAAAUACGUUUUCUCUGUG